AUGUACCAAGAUCUCUCUCCUAUUACCCCAGGGCACUUUCUCGUCGGGCGGCCGCUGGUGUCACUGCCACCACCACCAAACAUGAGCACAAAGACGAUAAGUAUCAGAUAUCAGAUGAUGGAGCAGAUCAGGAACCACUUCCGGAACAGAUGGCAUAAUGAGUAUCUCUCCGAACUACAGCAGCGCACGAAAUGGAAGAUACGGCAGAAAGACCUGAAAUUGGGUGACUUCGUAGUAUUCAAAGAUGAAAACUUACCUCCUUUGAAGUGGAAACUUGGGCGUGUUCAUCAAAUUUAUACUGGAGCUCAUGGCAUUAACAGGGUUGCAGAUUUCAUUACUCGUACUCACCGAGGCAUCGAACGACGAGCACUUAAUAAAGUUUGUCCUCUCCCGGUAGACAUCGAUGAUAAUGAAGAUGCUGAAAAGGCUGCAACAGGUGGUGCUAAUGGUAAAGAAGAAGCUCCAGUAGAGGGAGACGACACUCAUGAAGUUUGA